AGUACGAAACUCAAGUUAUGAGUGAUGUGUUGCCAUGUUUGAGCCGCGGAAGUAUGCCGAGUGGCUUCACAGCGAAGUCUUCCAACCUGUCAUCGUGGUGAUUGGCACUGCGCAAGCAAAAACUCGUGUCAAAGAGGUGAAUGGCCUGUCUUUGGCUGAACUUUUUGCUCCGUUCGGUGGACAUUCUCAAUACGGAAUCUCUGUGUCAGUCCAAUCUUUGGAGCGGCAGAUCACCAUCGACAACCUCCGAGUUCAUUUCACAGAUGCAGACGCGGCUCUGCAGCUCAGUGCACUCCAAGCUGAUCAGCUAGCUGCUUGGACCGUGGAGUCCAGCGCGCUUGAAAACGCUUCACGCCAAAAGGCUUUAGAACCACCCAGCCCUUGGUAUGAGCAAUGGCGCAGUGCCUUGUUUAGAUCUUUGCGUUGGUCAGACCACGAAGGCUUAGAUCAACCUACAGCAGCAAUGCUAGUGGUCAUGUCCAAAGAAGCAGAACCUGCCAUGCUUUUGGAGCAACUGCUGCAUGCUUCCAACAUGCCGCCACUAUGUACUCAGGGAAUUCUGGAUCCCGUCCCAUCAAGAGUUGCAGUUCUUUUGCACGACGUCUCUGAUCCAGAAAGUCCAAAUGAAGAUGAACUCACCCAGAAACUGACAGAUCUCAAGACUCGCUUUGCUCCGAAUCAAGUCUAUGUACUGCAGAUCAACCGUGGUUCCGCCGAAGUGGAGCCAGAGAUAGAGGAGCUUUUUCGAAACUUUUCUUCCAACCGUCAUGCGCCUCCACCGCCACCCGCUCCAAAUGAGGGCGCGGCCUGCGCCGCGUCUCCAGGAAGCAGACUGUCUUCAGAUGACGUGAAGUCCGUGGCGCAGGUUGUUGCGGAAGUCGUCGUGAGGAGUGCCGUGCCGUGGAUGGAGAAGCAACUGCAGCAGCUGGAGGCGCAGAUCUCUCAGACUCGCAAGGGCUUCCGAAAUCAACUGAAGUACCUUUGGCGAAAGCCUCGUGAAGCCAAUGAACGAGGGGAAGUUGUGCAGGAGGAUUCUGGAGCUUACCCAUUGCACUCUGUGGAAGGGCAGAUGAGGUUGGCGGGAGAUAUAUCCUUCCAUCUGAGAGACUACGAGGUUGCACUUGGCUACUAUCGCAAUGUUGUCAGUGACUUCAAGCAGGACCGGAGUUGGAAGCACGCUGCUGGAGCUUACGAGAUGUGGGGCCUUUGCACCUAUAUCACCAACGGAGCCAGAAGUGAGCGGAAUCGCUGCAUGGAAAGUGCCUAUGAACAUUAUUUGCAAGCAUCCUCCAGCAGAUUGGCGAUGCGAGCGGUGGUCCUGCACCAGGCCAUGGUCUCGGAUCUCAAGGAUGCCGCUCUGCGCCUUAUGAAGGUGAAUGGAGAUCUAGCUGAUAGCAACUUGAGGAAUGCCCUCAUUCUGGAGCAGGCGGGGCAGCUGUACUACACCUGUGCUGCUCCUAGGAAAGGCGCCUUCCAUCUUGUCCUGGCGGGUCAUACCUACAACAAGCUCGGCUUCAAGCGGCUUGCACUCUUCAGCUACCAAGCGGUGGUUGACUUGUACCUGGGAAAGGGUUGGUUCCACAUCUCUGAUCACUUUCACUUUACUAUGGCACGCCAAGCGAAUCGAUUGGGGCUGAAAGACGAGUCCCUCUCACACUUCCUCGAGCUCCUGAAUUCCUUUGCGGAUGCUGAUAAAAAGAUUGGUAUCCAGGCAGAGCGGGAGAAUACCUACAUUGAGGAGUUCCUUUAUGUGAUCAAGGAUUGGGUUCACAAGCGGUGUGGCGAAGGGGAGACCAAGACAAUUGACCUUCAGAUUCCUCGCAUUCAACCUGAAGUACGGGUUCGAUUGCUGGAUGAUGUGGAGUGCUCCAGAGAGGCCAUGUCUCCGAAGAACGGAGAUGAGGUUGCGGCAGCACCCUGGGAUGCUCUUGGAGAGAAGAUGCUGGGCAUCACCACAGAGGACCGCUUGGAAUUAAAUUGGCGACAAAGGUCAGAUCCCCGUAUUUUUGACACUUUGCGUCGAGUCACCACAGUUGGUGCCGAGGUGGUGGUAGAAGUUACCUUGACGAACCCUAUGAGGGUGAAGUGGGAGAUGGCCGCCGUCCGUUUGAGGGGUCAACUCCAGAGUACUGAUGGUGUCGCUGAGGAAGUGGUCUUCGCGUCUCAGGACGUGACGUUAGCUCCGCUGGAGUCAAGGACCAUCAAGCUCAUGGCUGUUCCACAGAAAGAGGGAUUGCUGCAGAUUCAGAGUGUCACAUGGAAUCUUUUCGAUUGCCGACAGGUGAUUUGUGAUCGCCCAUUCCAGCUUAAAGGACGGCGCCUUCGAAACACGCUGGAGCAACGCGCAUCCAAGAGUGGCGUCUAUAGUGGUGACUUGCGCUUGGAGCUCAAGGUUCGAUCGAAGAAGCCUCGUUUGUCCGCCCAACUUCAAGGCUUGCAGCUGAUCGAGCUGGAGGGUGUGACGCGAGUCCCUCGCUUGUUGCAAGGUGAACUUCACAAGUGCAGUUUGGUCAUCAGUACAGAAACGGAUUGCCCAUUGGCAUUUCUGCAUGUGGCGGCGUCCUAUCCCGGUGUUGCCCUCGAUGCUCCUGAAGGAUAUGAGGGGCUUGAGGUGGACUUCAGGGAAGAGGGCCUGCGACUACACGGCACUUUCCCUCGAGAGCUGCGGGUGCCGGUUCUGGUGUGCAUCAAUGCCAGUGGCUUGCAUUCUGUGCGGUUACUGGUAUUAGCGGAGGCUCUCGGUGAUGGACCCAAGAGCGAGCAAAGGCAAUGGAUCACCUUGGAGGAGCAGAUUCGCGUGGAGCCUGCCCUCUCCAUGACUGCAAGGCCGAGCCCCUCAUAUGCAGCAGAUGGCCGGAUUCUUUUCAGCUGCCAUUUGGAGAAUCGAGCUGCAGAAGCUCUUCAGGUGCAGCGUGUGCUGUGCUACUCUGGAAGCUCUGGAAGCUCUCAGCUUCCAUUCCAGGCGAGCUCCCAAGGCGGGGAGAUCGUGAUCCAGCCUGGCCAGAAUGCUCAACUUCUUUACACGCUCCAAUGGCCUUGUGAGCAGAUUCCCGCAGCACAGUCGACAAGGUCACGCCUGUUGCAAGCGAACCGUGCAGCGCACCUGGCGCUGAGUGCUGCCUCGAAGCGGAGCUCAAGACGCGAGAAGGAACCUUUGCAGAUGGCGCCUCCGGUUGAUUUGGUAGUUCAGUGGCGACAAGGAGAUCGUGCCGGCGAGGCUUGUGCUCUCCAGGUGCCACUGGAACGUCCUGAGGCUCCUCCAUGCCCAUUAGAUCUUCAUUUGCUAGCUCCAGAAGUUGCAGAGAUGGAAGCGGAUUUAAUGGUUCCCGUGACGGUCCGGAUUCGCAACGCGUCUUUGGCUGGUUCUGUUUCAUUCUACUUUGUAGCGGAGUCCACUGCAGACAUUGCCUGGAUUGGAUGUGAACGAUCAGAGAUCAUCAGUUUACCUCCAAACACCAGCCACUCUGCCACCCUCCAUGCGUACUUUGCACAACCAGGCGUCUACAACCUGAAUCGAUUUCGUCUUUUCGUAGUGGGCAUGCCUUCUGGCUCUGUCCCUGCGUCCGAGCAGGCUCCGCUGGCCUUUGCAGUGCCUUUUGAGCGGCUGCUCCACGUGACAGCGGGUGCCGAAAAGAUUCGAGGGUCCAUGAAGCAUGUUGAACAUGAGCGGCGUUUAGAUAUUUUGUGAUGGACAACUUGUCAAGUCUUGCUAUUGUGCUACACCCAACCAACACAGCAAAGUUAAACUUGUUGCUCUUACAGUUACAGUAAGGCU